GUUCCGAUUUAAAACAUUUCUUGGCGAAACACGUGCUGAUCUCAUCUGCAGGGGAAAAUUUGUCCAGCUUGGUAUGGCCAUGACUCUCGUACCAAAAGAUGGAUACUAACACCGCUGCAGGACUCUCAAACUUCACAGCGUUUGAAGUUGCGGAGGUUGUGAUGCACUGCAAAUACAAUAACUGGGUACGGCCCACCAUAUAUCAAGGAAUGUAUAACGUAAUUACGCGAUCCUUGGAGCACGAGCUCAUCCCCGCAUGCAAGCGCUAUGGCCUCUCCGUUGUGAUCUACAAUCCAUUAGCCGGAGGAUUUUUCAGCGGAAAAUAUCAUAGCAAGGAUAUCCCAGCCGAGGGCAGAUACUCCGAUGCAGUUGGAAGGAUGGGCGAAAUGUACCGCAAGCGGUACUUCAAGGACUCGACAUUCGAGGCCUUGAAGAUCAUUGAGCCGGUAGUCGAGAAACAUGGCCUGACAAUGGUGGAGACGGCACUUAGGUGGGUUGUCAACCACUCCGCUUUGAACGUCAAAGACGGCGAUGAUGGGGUCAUUAUUGGCGUGAGUAGCAUGCAACAACUCGAGGAGAAUAUCAAGGAUUGUCAGAAAGGUCUUUUACCGGAGGAGGUUCUCCAAGCGCUCGACAAGGCAUGGAAGAUUUCUCAGCCAGAUACACCAAACUACUGGCACUUGGACCUGAAGUAUACUUAUGAUACCAGAAAGGCACUCUUCGGUAGACCAUAGAUAGGUGCUUCUAGUACCGAAACUAGGAGAUUACCCAAUGUAGACAAAGAGCCGAGCCUUAUCAAUGUCC